AUGAGUGAGCAGGAGAAGCUGAAGCCUCGGCUUUCUCUAACUGUUUGUCUAAAACUGUGCGCGUUUCUGUUGCCAAGCAACGGGCGGCACGGCGAGGACCUGCCUCUUCUGGCUCUUUUCGUUUCUCCACGUCCACAGCAGCCAAAUCCUGGAGUGAUCUCAGACUCAAAAGUAAGGAGGAGAGAACAGAACGUCUUUGGAGGGAUGAGAGAGGAGCAAAAUUCGAGAGUGUGCUGUGCAGGUUUCAUGGCUCUGCUCACCAACGUCGCCAUCCUUCUGGUCGUGGCUUGUUUUUCUCACCAUGUGAUGGUGGGCAGCUGUCAGAGGGGCCACGGAAAGAGGGGAAGAACCGGACCAAAGGCGGGUCGCCAACCCAAAUCUGGCUCUGCACGGCUGAUUAAAGGCAAACUCCUCACUAGAGACAAGGCUGAAUGUUCCUGGGUCGCAACCGGGGAGGAUCCCGUCAUCCUAAAUAUCACCUGCAAGAAAGCAGACGGGAUCCUGAGGUGUGAGUACGCUGCCAGGCCGGGAUCCUGUCCCCAGUACGCCUCCAACGGGGAUCUUUACUGGAAGCAGAUCUCCAGAGCUCUGAAGAAGCAGAGGAGCCUGUGUGGCGGCAGAAGUGCGCUGGUGAAGGCCGGCAUGUGCAAAAAAGCCCCGCAAAGCGCUCACUUCAGACUCCAGGUGGCUCAGAAAAAGGAGACUUUCUCGCCUUUUGUUCCACCUGUGGCGGCCGAAGCUGUCAAAUCCUGUCGGCCUGCUAAUAAAAAGCUGGCAGGGGAGUUCUGCAGCACCUCCUGGACCAGCUUAUGCACCUUUCUUUUCACCAUGUCCUUCACCAUGGUGAACAGAAAGGUGCAUAAGCUGGUCCAGGAGGUGCUGCAGAACUCCCCUGCCAGCUUUCUGUUAGCAGGCCGACAGGAUUUGACAGCUUCGGCCGCCACAGGCCGCCUUAAUUUGCUGGCGCUGAUCGUUGCUGCGGGAGGUCAGAAGCAUGAGGAUGGCGUCUUCAUCUGUACCUGGAAAAACAGUUAUGACCACAUUCAUCACAAAAGGAGCACGCGCUCUGAUCUCUGGUCAGAGCGGCGCGUUCUGAGGGAGCGAGCGGGCUGCAGCAUGGAUUUGGCCACCGAGUUGCCCAGCUGUCUGAAGAGCAUCCAGAGGAGCAGGACCAUGAGCAGCAGGAGCCCCAGGAGCAUCCCCACGUACAAGCCCAGGUUCCAGCCCCAUCCCAGAGCCAGGGGCAGCGAGGUGGACGCCACCAGGAAGGAUCUGGGCGCCGGCAUGAGUCUCAAACAGCCGGGGAACGGAUCCUCGUCCAGAUCCAGAUACGAGUCGAAGCCAUUGUUCAAAACGGCAUCCUCAGAGCUUACUCCAUCCCCUCUGAUGCAGUCAGGAGCCUGUUGA